CGACGAAAACGGAGAAAACUAAACAUCAUCGCUUUGCAGAUCACUGGGAUGAGCGCCAUCAUGGAGAGCAAACCGUUCAAGCCUGAUGACUUCAUCAAGCAGGAACCCUACAUCAAGGAAGAAUACGGUGGCGGUGAGAUACUGUCACAACAAAUCAUGCAUUGCCAACCGAACAUGCAGCAAACCCUAAGUUGGGACAAUUUGCCCUUUGGCUCCAUGAAGGUGUCAAAACAGAGUGCAACGCCGUACACUGAUGCGACCAAUUGUAAGAAGUCAAGCAAUCACAUCAAGCGCCCGAUGAACGCUUUCAUGGUGUGGUCGCAGUUGGAACGACGUAAAAUCUGUGAACAUCAACCCGAUAUGCACAAUGCUGAAAUUAGUAAACAACUCGGAUCUCGAUGGAGACAGCUUACUGAAGAGGAGAAGUCUCCGUUCGUUGCCGAAGCGGAACGUCUUCGCCUAAUGCAUAUGCAGGUAUGGUGGCCAACUAAUCUUUUUACCGCUAAAACACCGAAAGCUGUUUUGUAA